CUGCGGUCCAUUUUAACGCAUUCUCCUCACUCGGUCCCCAUGAGCUGUCACUCCCCAGACCCCCUCCUCCAGCCUUCUGGCAACCAUUAGUCUUUCUGUCUCUGGAUUUGCCUGUUCUGGACACUCCAUACAAACGGGAUCGUACGCGAUGUGGCCUUUUGUGUCUGGCUUCUUUCACUCAGCAUAGUUUUCUAGAUCCACCAUGUAGCACAUGUGAAGACUGCUUUGCACGGCCGAAUAACAAUCCGUGAAGAGGAUGGACCACGGUGUUUUAAUCUAGUCCUCCGUUGAUGGACAUCUGGUUAUGUCCGCUCUUUGGACACCUCAACUGUUGUCUGUUCCGCGGGCGUGCCCGGCUUCUUCCUGCCACAGGGCCUUUGCCCUUGCUGUUCCCGCUUGUGCAAGCCUGGCCUGCAUGUGGACUUGUGCGACAACCGUCUCCCCGUGGACUGUGGGCUCCAGCAGGGCAGGGACAGUGCCUGUCUUGUCUUCUCCAUCCUUAGCAUCUAGCACGGUGCCCACAGUUGGGGCUCAGCCAAUGUUUGUGGAGAGAAUGAAUUAACAAAUAGAAUGAAAGCAUUGUGGGACGAACAGAACGGUUGAAAACACAGAAAGCUCAGCAUUGGCAGAGCCUGGCUGUCCCACCCCCGCAUGUCCCAGGGCUGAGAAGGCACUGUGGUCCCUACCCAGAGAGCCACCCGACAUGGGGCCAUGGAAGUCCUACUCACCAGCUGGGGCCUCGAGUGAAAAGCCCAGAAUGUGGCACAAGAGAGGAAGGGGCCUUGGAGUCCCAGCCCCAUAUCUCGUGGCUGGCUGGUCCUUUCCUGGAAGUCCCUCUAGGGGCCACCUGCCCGUUCACGGUUUUGAGGACUGUGGUCACCAAGGGCUGGGGGUUGAUUCUGUUGUGACGUGCUCAGGGGAGGCCUUUAGUGUGUGUAAGACCACACGCCCCGAGCAGGUCAGGGUAAUCAGAGUGGAGCCUUCUGUGGUGGGGCCUCAGCUGGCCCCGUUUCUGGAGACUGAACUUUGUGCAAAUGAGACCCCCAUGGCCAGGCUUUUUAAAGUGACAGCGCCUCUAGGACAGGCGCGUGCCACCCCACCCCCCACCCCUGGGGCACGAGGUGGGGAGGCCACUGACCCUGGACCAGGGUGAUGGGCCCGAGGAGAGGCCCCCAGCUCAGCCCCUUUCUGCCUGAAAGAGGAGAAGGAAGUGGUUUUGCCCAUGUGCCGGGGAAGGAGCUGUAGCACACAUCCGGGGCUGCCUGACCCGUUCAGCGCUAUUUCCUCCACGCAGGGCCCACAUUGUGUGUAGGGCUCCCCAGACCGUUGCGGUGUUUUAAAAUCAGAAGGAAAAAAAAAUGAAUACGAUAAUAGUGAGCGUAUAAUAACGAAUCCAGGCUGGACUGUCUGGGUGUCAGUGCCAACACGGUCAUAAAACACCAUUUUAGAGACGGUGCUUUGUUUCAUUACAGAGGACGGCACAAUGUGGCCCCAGCCUGUCCAGGCCUGACGCUGCCUCAGAGCCUCCUCCUAGAGCCCUCUCUUUUUGCACCCCCCAAUCAAGUGAACUCCUCUCUGUCCCUAAGUGCCGCUUCCUCCCGAUCACCGAAGCCCCCUCUGAGGUUCUUGCAACUCCGUUCCGCCUUCCAGCAGGCUGUCUGCUCUGAGACAUUAGCAAUUAAUUUCUUAUUCUUCAUUGCUCGCUAGAUUCUGGAAGCCAGGAGGGUGGGGCUUGCACCUCUUGGGAUCACCUCUCUGUCCCCCGAGGAUCUGGCACACAGUAGGUACUCAAUAAAGGCUGGUCACGGUCUUCACAGAGCAGGGGCCUCCCUCCACCUGCAGCUCAGCAGUUCUGUGGACUGCAGACAGCACUUGCGACCAGGUUUGUCCUGGUCCCGCCCCUGGGGCUCACCUGCUUAAGGAAACAGGAACAGCCUGGGGGCAGCAGCCCCACCCCCGCUGACGUGCAGACCCUGAACCGAAACCGAGGUUCCUGCAGGCUCCCUGCACAGCGAGAGUGAGAGCCUCGGCUGCCCAGGGGUCUCCCAGCUGGAUGGACCCCUGUGGUUAUGACCACAAGCUGCACAUCAGCAAGAACCCUCUGGAAACUCUGAAGAAAGAAAAUCUAUUGCUUGCCAGCCCCGGAGCGUACAAGAUAAGCAGGUAACUGCUCCCCAGGAAGCCAUGAACGAAGCCGGAAAGCUGCCCCCGCCAUUGCCCCCACGACUGGACUGGUUCGUGCAGACGCAGGUGGGCCAGCUGACCCAAGGAGGGGUCCCUGCAUGGUUCCAUGGUGCCAUCUCGAGAGAGUGAGGACACAUCCGUACCUUCUACCCUGCCCUUCACCCUCUUUCCUUGCCUGGGGAUGCCGAGAGUUUGCUGGAGUCACAGCCGCUGGGAUCUUUUCUCAUCAGGGUCAGUCACAGCCACGUGGGCUACACGCUGUCCUACAAUGUCUCCGCAGGGCCCAAAGCUGCUGCCGCCACUUCAUGGUGAAGCUGUUGGACGAUGGGAGCUUCAUGAUCCCUGGGGAGGAGAGGGUCCAUGCCUCGCUGCACGCCCUGGUCACCUUCCACCAGCAGCGGCCUAUGCGGCCACACGGGGACCUGCUGACACAGCCCUGUGGGCAGAAGGAUCCAGCGAACGUGGAUUAUGAGGAUCUCUUCCUUUACUCCAAUGCAUUGACUGAGGAAGUCACCAGCCCCACCCAUGGCCCCAGCAAACAUCAGAACCCUUCCUCCUGUUCCACGGUUGCACCUGAGGAGACCUCAGGAAGGCCCAUCCUGCUCCAUCGGCCAAAGGGAAGGAGGCCAUCGGCAAAGACAAGCAGAGACCCCAAGGAGGAGGCCACUUCCUCCUGCCCCCCGAAAGCCCCCCUUGAGGAGGCCUGCCAGAAACUCUGGAGAAACUUCAGGAUGCUCCCCGAGACGGGCAAGAGGGUCCAGCAGCAGCUGAAACCCCACUCGGCACCUGUGAACUUGUCAUCGCUCUGGAAUGCUGGGCCACCGGCACUGGCACACAGCUCAGGGGCCAGGCCAGGUGACACACACUGGGAAGACAACGUCUCCACAGCCCACUUUGCAGCCACGUCCCUCACAAGUCCCGCACAGUCCCAGGCUCUGAGAGACGGAGGUGACCCCUCCGGGAAGGCCUCAAGAUUGGCCAGCGGGAGCAAGGUGACCCCGAGGGUCAGGAGUUGGCACCGAGUGGUAAUGAGGGCCCUGUCCUCAAAAGCAUCCAAACCGGAGACAGAAGGGUUGGCAGAAGCCCAGAGGGACUGGCUCCCUGAAGAGUACCUCACGCCGCCACCCUUUGCCCCUGGGUACUGUUAAAGCUUUGCCCUGGCUCUGGGACCCUUGCUGCAGGGGCUGCUCACACCGGACCCCUGGUUGUCUGCCCACCAGCCCACAGGAACCUGAAAAAUGUAAUAAAGACAUUGCUUGGGUCCAGCCCUGCCGUUGCCA